AACCCCAAGCUUUACAGAAACGAUGUGAAAACGGGAAAAUACUCCGCCGUUUUCAACACCAUUGCCAACUGCACAGAUACGCGGGUGGCUCUAGCCACGCUCCGGCAUACCUGCCGAGCCGGUUCUGACUACAACAGACCGGCCACCAUGUAUAUGACCGAGACCCAUCGAUACAGCCCUUUCCUCGUUACGGCCCUGUACCUGGCCGCUUCGAAAGGCUACCCUGACAUUGUGUCAUUUCUCCUUGACCACGGUGCCGAUAUCGACGGGGUCCCGGACUGUCGGCUACGGACUCCCGUCUUCCUUUCUCUUCUUAGCGGAGACGCCAAGACGUCCAUGAUCCUCCUUCGGCGCGGCGCACGGCUUGAGUCUCCCGAAUUCGGCAUCAACGCCCUCCAUCAAGCUGCCGCCGCCGGGCUCACCGAAGUCAUCGCGUAUCUUGUCGACGAGAAAGAGAUGGAAGUGAACGAGGCCGACAACAACGGGGACACGCCGCUGAUUCACUCCCUGUUGUUUCCGUCGCCAGAGACGCUGGACGGAUUGGUCGAAGGGGCCGACCCGGCGCUUCGUAUCUUCGAUCAAAAGCCGCUCGAGCUCGCGCUUCUGGCCCGGGUCAAAGAAACGGAUGGCAGGACGGCAUCGGCAAAGCAACGGCUCAUCGACCUCCUCCUCAAAUCGGGCGCUGACCCAAACUCAGUGGUUUGCAUAUCGGCGCGCUGCAACUGGACAGGGCCUCUUUUGCUGAAGCUGGCUCGAGAGAGGCGCCGCUGGGAGGCCGAGAUGUUGCUCUCUUCGGGUCUUGUAGACAUUGACAGGCGCGACUCGCAUGGCGCGACGAGUCUCGAUUGGACACUUUCCACAUGUCACGGCAACCCCGUGAUGGCGUCGAUCUUGCUGCGGCGUGGUGCCAAGAUGGACGAUGCCGUGUUGUGCGACAUUAUCGGCAAGCUGGCGCGGCUUGCAGACGCACAAGACCACUGGAGUGUGAUCAGCCUGUUGACGCGAGAGCCUAAGCUGUUGAAGAUAUUCCAUGUGUUGUAUUCGCACUGUUUCUUGGCAGCGUCCCGGGGCGGCGACGCUGCCGCAUCAGGGUUUUUGCAAGAGUCGCCGAGCGUGAUUGUGCGUCUCGUCACGGAGAUGUUGAAGCACGGUGUGAGUCUGACGAAGACGGGCGUCUUGAACAUGCUGCGAAAUGCGAAGGAG